AUGGAGGAUCAGCAGCAGCAGCAGCAAGAGGAGACAUUCUCCUCCCUGCUGCUGCAGCAGCAGGAGCAACUGGAAGAGAGAGAACUGCUGCAGCAACUGCAGCAGCAGCAGCAGCAGCAAGGAUCCACAGCUGGAUCCGCUGCACUUACACCAGCAGCAUCACCGCGUCAAGCGACUGCAGCAGCAGCAGCAGCAGCAGCAGCAGCAGCUGCAACAGCAGCAGCACCAUCAUCACCACGUCAAAUAACUGCAGCAACAGCAGCAGCAGCAUUAUCACCACGUCAACAGAUUGCAGCAGCAGCAGCAACUGCAGCAGCAACAUCACCACGCCAAAUAUCUGCAGCAGCAGCAGCAGCAACAGCAGCAGCAACAUCUCCACGUCAGAUAACAGCAGCAGCAGCAGCAGCAGGAGGAUUAUCCCCACGUGCUGCAGCAUCACCAAGACAAAUAACAGUAACAGCAGCAGCAUUAGGAGAAGACGAAGAUCCAGAAGAAUCAGCAGCAGCAGAAGCAGCAGCCGCAGCAGCAGCAGCAGCAGCAGAUUUGCUGCUAGAGGCAAGGCCUCUACCUCCCUCUACAGAAGAACAAGUUAGUAGUCUAUUAGAUUCUCUAUGCGAGAAAGGAUCCCUUACUGUUCAUAAGUAA